UUCAACUUUUAGAUUAAUGGUGUUUUUUAGGACGUUUUCCAAUUUAAGUAGUUUCUUACUACCAAUAUACAUUCUUCAGGCUCAUUCUGGCGGUGUGUUUCCUCUGGAAACUAGAUAUGCAUAUUCCCAUAAUCUAAUAUUAUUUGACCAACGUUAAAUUGUUUCUCAGUCUCUCAAAUGUACUUAACUGGUCUGAGGUUUCUUUGUAAUUUUAUUCCAUAUUAUUACUACAAAUUUAAAUAAUAAACCAAAUUUUUGAACACACCUCCUUUAUCUAAUGGUUCACGGAACAUGGUUCGAAAACUAAGAUGUCUAGAGGUGUAAAAGUAACGAAAAAAAGUGUACCCGUAUGUAUUCGUUACUAUAACAAUCAGUACUCGUUACUAUCGUAUCGUUACUCGUUACUUCUGAUACCGCAUAACAUGCAACGAAUCGAGUCGUAUUGCGUAUGCGUACAUUAUGACGUCGCGUAAAUAAUAAUAAUUAGAAUACAUACAAUUAACAAUAUUUGAUAAUUAACAGUUUUUGUUAACCAAGAAACAAUUAAAUCUCAUUAGAGCGGCCUUAUAUUAUCUCUUUUAAGAUAAUAAAAAAACGUGAAAAUUCGCGAUAAUAAAAAACAAAAACAUACAUAUUUCCAAUUUGUAAAAAAUACUUUCUUACGUUGUUUCUGUUCCAAUCUCAAACGUUGUCUACACACACAAUACCUUUAAUAAACAGUAAAAAAACUUGGACGACGAAUUUCCAAAUUAUACUUUACUUAAUAAACAAACAUCGUUCUUUGUAACAUAAAUUCAUCGAAUAUGCGCGCGCAUGCGUGAAACAUACGAAACAUGCGAGUAACGAAAUAUGCGAGUAACGAAAUGCAUCCGUGUGUAACGUUUCGUUACUCGUAUAUAGACGGCGCAUCCGUUACUCAGUAACGAAUACAUACGGUUUGCUACAACUCUAAAGAUGUCUGCCGGAAAAAAAAAACGGAGAAAGAGUGAGAAGCAAAGUAACGUUGCGAGCCCGCUGCUGUGAUGUGGGCGCAGAGCGGCUGUAGCGUCCGGCCAUGUCCUACACGGAACUGGAGCACGGCUACCAAGGUCUGCGCAGGGCACGCCCGUCCUUCUACAUCGGCGUCGACAGCAGCAGCUCCGGUGUCGUGAGGCCGACCAAGAUACGAGUGAGUCGACGUCCGCAGUUUGGCCAUGGAGACGCUCAGCUGGUGGAAGGACUGGUGGCGGCUGAAGCGACGCCGCUCCAAGAAGGACGAGUGGCCGUGCUACUGCGACCAGUGUGUGUUGUUGGUAGCACCGAGGUAGUCGCAGCAAGCAGUGUCUCGGGUGCGCCAGACACUAUGCCGGGCAACCUGAUGAGGAUGGUGUGCUAUUGCUCCCAACAUCAUUCGUCCCACCACAUAUACCUGACCUGCAUCCGCGGCUACCAGUUCCUUGGCUCCUUCCCCAACCUGGGCGAGCUGAGCGAUGUCGGGGACGACGAGCUGUCGGGCGAGGAAGGCAAGCAGGUGGUGGUGGGGGUUUGCGCCAUGGCCAAGAAGUCCCAGUCCAAGCCCAUGAAGGAGAUCCUGACUCGCCUGUGCGAGUUCGAGUACCUCAAGAUGGUCGUGUUCCCAGAGGAGGUUAUCUUAAAGAAACCGGUGGAGGAGUGGCCCGUGUGCGACUGCCUGAUAUCGUUCCACUCCAAAGGCUUCCCGCUCGACAAGGCGAUCCAGUACGCCAACAUUCACAACCCCUUCAUCAUCAACAACCUCCACAUGCAGUACGACAUUCAGGACCGCAGGAAGGUGUACUCAAUACUAAAGAAAGAAGGUAUUGAGAUCCCUCGCUAUGCAGUGCUUGACAGAGAUUCACCUGACCCUAAACAUCACGAGCUGGUGGAGUCAGAGGACCACGUGGAAGUGAAUGGUGUUGUGUUCAAUAAACCAUUCGUCGAGAAGCCUGUAUCUGCGGAGGACCACAACAUAUACAUUUACUACCCAACAUCAGCCGGUGGGGGAAGCCAAAGGCUUUUCAGGAAAAUUGGUAGCCGCAGCAGUGUAUAUUCCCCUGAAUCUCGCGUGAGGAAGACGGGCUCUUACAUAUAUGAAGAUUUCAUGCCCACUGAUGGAACUGAUGUCAAGGUCUACACGGUGGGGCCGGACUACGCGCACGCGGAGGCGCGCAAGUCUCCCGCGCUGGACGGCAAGGUGGAGCGCGACAGCGAGGGCAAGGAGAUCCGCUACCCCGUCAUCCUCAGCAACGACGAGAAGCUCAUCUCCCGCAAGGUGUGCCUGGCUUUCAAGCAGACGGUGUGCGGCUUUGACCUGCUGAGGGCCAGUGGCAAGUCUUUCGUUUGCGACGUCAAUGGGUUCAGCUUUGUCAAGAACUCCAACAAAUACUACGACGACUGUGCAAAAAUCCUGGGAAACAUGAUCCUCAGGGAGCUUGCCCCAACGUUGCACAUCCCUUGGUCAGUGCCGUUCCAACUGGAUGAUCCACCAAUAGUGCCCACCACGUUCGGUAAAAUGAUGGAGCUCCGCUGUGUGGUUGCAGUCAUCAGACACGGCGAUCGGACUCCCAAGCAGAAGAUGAAAGUUGAAGUCCGCCAUCCAAAGUUCUUCGAGAUCUUCGAGAAGUACGACGGGUACAAGGACGGGCACGUGAAGCUGAAGCGGCCCAAGCAGCUGCAGGAAAUCCUGGACAUUGCCCGCUCGCUGCUGAACGAGAUCCAGCACCACGCGGCCGAGCCCGAGAUCGAGGAGAAGCAGGGCAAGCUGGAGCAGCUCAAGAGUGUUCUCGAAAUGUAUGGUCACUUUUCUGGGAUUAACCGGAAGGUUCAGCUGAAGUAUCAGCCCAAAGGCCGUCCCAGAGGAUCCAGCAGCGAUGAUGGUAAAGAUGCGCCAAAGGAACCGUCAUUAGUUUUGAUCCUAAAAUGGGGUGGCGAGCUCACCCCCGCCGGGCGCAUCCAAGCCGAAGAGCUGGGUCGGAUCUUCCGCUGUAUGUAUCCUGGAGGCCAAGGUAGACAUCUCAGCGGGGAAUACGCGGGCACCCAGGGCCUGGGGCUGCUGCGGCUGCACUCCACCUUCCGGCACGACCUCAAGAUCUACGCGUCGGACGAGGGCCGCGUGCAGAUGACGGCCGCUGCCUUCGCCAAGGGCCUGCUGGCCCUGGAGGGGGAGCUGACCCCCAUCCUCGUGCAGAUGGUGAAGAGCGCCAACACCAACGGCCUGCUCGACAACGACUGCGAGUCCAGCAAGUACCAGAACAUGGCAAAGGCACGCCUGCACGAGCUUAUGCAGCAGGAUCGGGACUUCACGGAGGAAGAAUACCGGAAGAUCAACCCCUGCAAUGCCAUCAGCAUCACCUCUGCCCUGAAAAGCGUGAAGAACCCAGUGAAGUGUUGCGAGCGCGUGCAUGAGCUCAUACAAAAGCUGAUGACCAUCGUGAAGAUAAAGAAGGAUGAUCCCAAGACAAAGGAUGCUGUUCUGUACCAUGGGGAGUCUUGGGAGCUGAUGGGGCGGCGGUGGGGCAAGAUAGAGAAGGACUUCUGUACAAAGAACAAGACGUUCGACAUCUCGAAGAUUCCGGACAUCUACGACUGCAUCAAGUACGACCUGCAGCACAACCAGCACACGUUGCAGUUUGAGCAGGCCGAGGAGUUGUAUCUCAAUGCCAAGAACCUGGCUGACAUCGUCAUCCCGCAGGAGUACGGGCUGACGGUGGAGGAGAAGCUCCUGAUCAGCCAGGGCACCUGCACCCCGCUGCUGAAGAAGAUCCGCGCGGACCUGCAGCGCAACAUAGAGGAGUCGGGGGAGGAGACGGUGAACAGGCUGAACCCGCGCUACUCUCACGGCGUGUCCAGCCCGGGCCGGCACGUGCGCACGCGCCUCUACUUCACCAGCGAGAGCCACGUGCACUCCCUGCUCACCGUGCUGCGCUACGGGGGCCUGUUGGACAUAAUGAAUGACGAGCAGUGGCGUCGAGCCAUGGAGUACGUGAGCAAAGUGUCGGAGCUGAACUACAUGUCGCAGGUGGUCAUCAUGCUGUACGAAGACCCCACCAAGGACCCCAGCUCGGAGGAGAGGUUUCAUGUUGAGCUGCACUUCAGUCCAGGUGUGAACUGCUGUGUCCAGAAGGAUUUGCCUAGGGGUCCUGGCUUCCGACCUCACAGUAGAAAUGAGUCUGUCACUUCCAAGACGAUGGAGUCGAGUACGGGAGAGGAGACUUCAUCGCUGGCAGAUGAGAAGACUGUGCCGUCCAGCCGGAUAGAUGAGGAAGAUGCCUUGGAUGAUGACAAAGCAUUUGCGACUCCAGCACAGUCGGUUUCGCCGCUGCCAGUGGACGAUGCCUCACCAACUCUGGAGAAGAAGACUGAUGACUUCAAGGCUUUAGCAGGCAUUCAAAGUUCUGAACCAAUACCUAUCAAAGCCGUGCCGACGAUAUGCCGGGACGACCUGGCGUCACGACUCACGGAGGAGCUGACGAAGCAGUCUCAGCGCAGCCUCCCGCACUCGGGGGCUCGCCCCUCGAGCCCCGACGAGCCGCGGGCCCGCAGCUUCGACCAGCGCGAGGAGACCCAGGACAAGGACGCGACGGCGGCGGUGAGGCGCCACCGGCACAGCGUCUCUGGCCAGAUGGGCUACCUCAAGAUGCUGGGGUUCGGGGUGGCCCCCGGCGGGGGCCUGGUGGUGCAGCACAGCCGUCGCAUCGCCAACGGGGGCUCCACCAGCAGCCUGUUCAGCACCGCCGUCAUCAGCGGCUCCUCCAGCGCGCCCAACCUGCGCGACCUCGUGCCCAGCGCGGCCUCCGUGUCGGCGAUCGAGGGCUGCGGAGGGGUGCCGCCGAUCCGGCCGCUGGAGACCCUGCACAACGCCCUGUCCCUGCGGCAGCUGGACAUCUUCCUGGAGGCCAUGGCCUCGGCGCCCCUGUUCCGCACCCCGGCCUCGUCGCCCCCCAGGUUCCCGUCCACCCCGCUGUCCUCGGCCACGCCCGCGCUCGCCCACCACCCGCCGCUGCGCCUCCAGUCGCCCAGCAACAGUUUUGGGUGGAGUGGGCCACCAUCAUUUGUGUCCAGCAGUGGUCCCUCGUCGCCGAACGCCCUCUCCGACUUUUUCUCUCGUGGGGGCGGCACGUCAGAGAGCAGUGAGAUGUCUCUCUCUGCGAGCCUCAUCAGUAACGAUGGUUUCAAUGGCUUCACGGCGUCACUGGCUCAGAUCUUCCCGGCAGUGCUGGAUCAGGAUCUCAGCAGCGUGGGUAUUCUUCUGGAGGAGAGCAACUCUUAUGCUGCAGGCAGAGACGCCCGCGGUAGCAUCGGAUACGUGGACUUCUAUACGCAAGGAGGAGAUGCUAUCGGCAACCCUGACAACCAGCUCUCGAUUGUUGCAUCGAGAGAGGGAGACAGCGGGGAGGUCACACCUGUGUCGGUGUCGGCCAGCUCCGAGUUUGACUUUCGGACGGGGGGCGGCACCAGAUUUGAAGGAGACGAUAAAGCGGAAAGCUGCGAAAGCGUAGAAGCCGACUUCGUCGUCGAAGAGCUCCCAGAAGAACCGGGAGCAGAGGAAUGCCUACAGCCGGCAGACGCUUGGCAAGAGGAACAGUCUUCCGAGAAAUCGGACGAAGCAGAAACUGGCAAUUCCAGCCUCGAAGUGGAUCUCAACGAAGAGGAGGAACGUACCAUCACCUCGUCAAUGACGACAAUGUCGCCUGCAAGGAAGAGCAUCUUCCAGGUGUUCGGCAGCCCAUUGGCGAAGCAAGGGAUCAGAGACCACAACAGGUUGUCGACUUCGGUCGAGGCAUCCGACCGAGUGGCGGUGCCGGAUGUGCCGUCGGAUGGCUCUCAGCCGGGCGAACAGCCUGCUUGUGCUACAACUCACAGUCCGUCAAACUUGCAAGUCAUCAAAGAGUCUGAAGAUGUGGUCGAGAAAGAGGAGGUCCCUGUGUUCAUGGAGCCUCAGUCCAUUCGAAGACUGAGUUCCGGCAGCCCUCAGUCCAGGCUGCUCUCCAGGAGCCCCAUCGUGUCCUCAUUCACCAGAGACCACAAGCUGUACACCUCAAAGAUGCAGGAUGUGUCCGAGUCCCCUUCUGAUUCGUCGGGAAGCGUGGUGACCCUCAAGUCCUUGCCCAGUGACGAGUUUGUCAAGCCUUUUAUCAGCAGCGAACCCCAGUCGCAGUCGGACGUCGCCACGUCGCUCGACCUGCUGGCCUCAGACUCGAAUGCUCGAAGGAAAGGGAAGGACUCUGGGCAAGUAUCGGAACCCGUCAGAUGUGUGCGAGUAGUAGAGACCAGCCAGCCAGAGUGCUCCACGCCCAUUCUCACGCUUGCCAGCAGUCUUACGGACAGUCCUAGAGUCCAUCGAGGGUUCAAAAUUCCCAAGAAAGAUGCUCAGUGAUUAAAUAUAUUCUGAAAACCUGCUAUAACAAGUAUGGUCAUCAUGACAAAUGUGCUGUAGCUUUGAACAAGAAUGAUCAAGUUAUACAGUACCAGUGCAUGUAGUCAUUCAAUGUGAUUACCAAUGACUUUUUUUUGUCAGUCAUUGUUAUAGCAGGCUUACACUUUGUUUCUAAGAUUGUGAUCUCAACAUGUGAAACAAACCCUGAUAUUGUUUGUUUUUUAAUUUGUGAAUGGAAAUCAUUUUAGAUGUACUUUGAAAGUUUACAAGAGCGAAAAUAAUAUAUAAAAAAGAAAAAAGGUUAUCAGUAUUUUCAUACAUUUAGUAAGUGUGUACAAAAUAUGUAGUUUAAUUUUUAUUGGAGAUGUGCUAUUUGUGCUUUUUUUUUUUACAUACAUAGUUCAAUCAUUUAGUUAUAAUAUAUUUUUAACAGCCACUGCCUCAACUAGUUAUCUACAUAGUGUUCAUUACUUCCUUUUAAUACAUUUCAGAAUGUUUUCAGCAUCUUUGGUGCCUGCAUAUUUUUGAAGUAUUUUAUGCUCAAUAAUAAAAAUUUUCCUUGUUUAAAGCAAGAAGCAAAAAUUAUUAUACAUUAUGUAAAUUAGCAUUCAUUGAUGAUUUUUUUUACAAUUGUUAUUCUGAAAUGAAUCAAAUUCUAAGCCCAUAAUAAUUUAACAGGGAAGACUGUGUGUUUCUGCCAAUCUCAAUCUGUAAGAAAACCCAAAUUAUUUAUAUACUAUGCCCUAACGAGGUAAAAUUUUAAAUAAACUACAAUAAUCUCUUCUGGUUUUUAUGUUGCCUCCUUAACUACUGUGUAUUUGUAACAGAUUCCAACGUUGUCAAAAAAAAAGCUGUUGUAAAAUUAAGUAACUCCUGCUGUUGAUAGCUGAUUUUUAUGUAGAGUUUAACAAAGUAAUUAGAUAAUUCCUGUAUUGACUGUUUACAUACGUGCUAUAGAAUGAUUCCAGUAAAAUUCAGACAAUAUUUAUAGUAUUAUACAUUGAAGUUGCACUAGAGCUAGCCAAUGUGCAGCAGGUAAAUUUUUCUGUUAGAAAUUUCAGAACAGCCCUAUUGUGCUAACCAUGGAAACCAAUGAAUGAAGCAAAUUAAAUGAGCACGGUUUACUCUUACCUUGCAUAAUACCAAAUACAUAUGCGAGAUAAUAAUACCAGUCAGCCAUAAUAAGAUAUUUCGAUAUUUGUGUGAAAAUCUACUGUUAUUGAAACACUACAACACUUGAAAGCAUAUACAUAUAUUUAUAUAUAUGAAUUUAGGAAACAUUACAACAAAAACACCUUUGUUCCCUCUUAUCAAAAUGGUUCAAAUAAACUUCCAGUACUUCAAAUUUCAAGUAAAAAAUGUUUGCCAUUAGAUAAUAAAAUACAUAUUUUAACUUAAUAUUUAUGAAAUAUUGUAGUGCCACUUCUUGCUACUAUGUUAUUUAAUACAUCUGUCUCUGUAGACAGUGUGUGUGUGUCUCACUGGCAGGUCACAUUAGAUACCAAAUUGUCAAAUUGAUUGUAUUCAAGUUUAUCCUGGAAACCAUGCAAAGGUCUAAAUUUGUCAACGAUUCUCGACUAAGUAAAAAAAAAUUGGUGUAGAGGUCUAGGUUAGGUGGUGCAGAAGAUAAUUUGCAUAUGAUUUAAAUAAAUUUAGCAAGUACAAUUUUUAUUUAGUCGCAUGAACUCAAGAUUUUUUUUUUAAGGUCAACUCAGUCAUUUGAAAAUUCUAAAAUAAUUGUGUUAUGCUAUUGAGCUCAUUACCUAAACAUACAUAAAAAACUUGAAAAUAUGCUAUAGUUUACUUAAAUGAAAAUUAUAAGGAUAGCAUUUCAUCUGCAGUUGGCAGGCAAUAUAAAGAGUAUACAAGUAAUAAUUUGCUAUGGUAAAUGUAAAUACCCUUUGUAACGUCUUUUUUUUUUAAUGUACAUAACCAAGAGGCAUCUAAAAGGUGUUGCCGAACAUGUACAAGGUGUGUGUUGUAGUCUAAGACUGGUUUUUUUUUUUUUCCACAAUGGAUGUACCACAGAAGAGAAAUGGAAGCUACAGGUACUAUGUUCCAGUAUUCAAUUCCAACUAAUUGCACUUGAGUUAUUUUAUCUCAGCUCGUGAAUGAUCUUGUUAUUAGUUUGUGUUUCAAGUUUCGAUAGUGGUGAGUAGCCAAAUUAGUUAAAAUAAAAAUAAAAAUUUGAAAUAAAUGUAUAUAUAUUUCAAUUUCUGAAAUAUUGCAGCACACUUCGAGUAAACGAGUCCAUACAGUCACAAGAAAGAUCAUAUGUGUAAAUUCUCAGAAGAAUGACAACACAUGAAGUGUGUGUAAGGGUGGUGCCUAAAUGGAAUGAAUAGACUUAGGUUAGAUCUGUAACAGGUGACUUAAUGCACCUGCUAAGCCUUCUUGUGUAUCUAACUAACAAAUGCAUUUGCAUUACAUUGUACAAAAUGAACCAACCAAUGUGUCGACAGUUUGUGAAAUGUGUAGUCAAAGUAAAAAAUAAAUGCUAGUGCUGCAAAUCAAGAAACUCUAAAAUUCCUUGCAAAUCAAAAAAAUCUAAAAUUCCUUUUAUUUGAAAGCAGGAAAUUUUAUUUAGAUAUUCUUAUGUAUUGGGUGUUGAUUCCUUUCUGCAUAUCAUCCAGUAGGAUAGAAUGGAUUUUACUGGACUAAAAUUUUAAGUUAUGUUUUAUGUUUUUUUGACACUUUUCAGUGUUCUAGUUGUGUAGUUUUAUUUGCAGGCUUAUUUUUAAAAAAAAACGAAUGGCAGAAGGCUCUUCCUUUACUUGUAUUUUUGACAAAGUUCCUAAAAUAUAUUUGGCUGAGCUUGGGGGUAGUGACUAUGCGAUGAUGAUGAUGAUGAUGAUGAUGAUGAUGAUGAUGAUGAUGAUGAUGAUGAUGAUGAUGAUGAUGAUGAUGAUGAUGAUCAUGCAUUAUAUUAUUUCUACCUAGUGCUUUUGUAUUAAACUCUUAAUAGGUACAUUGAUCAUAUGCAUUUUAAGUUAGUAAAUAGUAUAAAAAUGUAUCACUAUUGGUGUGUUGUUUAGCAUCACAGUCAGAUUGUCUGGAAAAAAUAUUGUAUGUUUUAUUUAAACAUUUAUUUUCCUUCAAAUAAUUUAUUUACACAGUGCAAUGGUAAAUAAUAAUUGGUUUUGGAAAUGUAUUUUGUCAAUUUGAAUACAUGAAUACACAUUUUAUGUAUUUAUUAUCUUACAUUUAAUGAAAUUUCAUCACAUAAUACAUUUUUUUGUAUUCUUUAGUGAGAUGUUGGCAUCAUAAGGUUUAUAUUAAAUCAUACAUGUAUUUAACUGUUCAUGUUCCUAUUAAGGUAUGUUCCUCAUUUUAAACUUGCGCAGUAUUUUGCUACCUGUAAAGUGUUGGUUAUGUUUAUUUUACCAAUAUAUUUGCUUCCGUUUGUUAAUGUACAGGGCUUAUUCAACAGAAAUCUCCUUAUGAUUUCUGUUUUGUUAUGCAUUGGCCAGAAAAAAAGAAGUUUUUCUAAUUCAGGUAGAACAUGACAUUGUAUGUUGCCCAGUGUAGGUUGUUAGGCUUUACAGAGAUACAGUGUGAGUAGAAGUUAAUCUUCCACAUUCAAAGCAAAGGUCAAAAUAUUCAGCUAUUAAAUAGACCUCAUACUUGUUUGCACUGUUUUUUUGUACUAAGUACUCCUAAUUCUGUUAGCACAACACGUAAAAAAGAAGGGGGGAAAAGGGUAAAAAUAAGUAUUUAUUGAAAGGUUAAGUUUAAAAUUCUGAUUAUUGCAUCUCACUAAUGCAAAUUGAGAUCCUCAGUUUAUUGAGCACCGAUUCACUCAGCUGAAGGAGAUAAGUUGGCGUCUAGUUGUGAAGUAUUUAUUUAUUUAUUUUAAGCUUAGUACCCAAUAAUAGAGGAGAGGGGGAUUUUUUGUAAUUCCAUCUCUUUCUUGGGGGAGGAGGGUCCAUGUUGCCAUACAAUAAUUAACAACAAAAGAAGGGUCAUUUUUAAUUUUUUUUUCAAUUGUUUGAGAAGAUUAGUUGCAAAUGUUUCCUAGCUACAGCUUUUUUUUUUCACUUUUUAUUUAUUUAUUUAUUCAGUUUGGAAAAGGGUUUGGCUGCCCUACAUUUCUCCCCCUAACUGUAUAUGCUCUUGAUCAAAGGGUCUUUUUCUUUUUUAUAUCUCAGGUCUGCUUAAUUUUAUUAAGUGUGUUAAGAUAUUUGAUUUAUUCCAUUUGUAAGACAGGUUACGAACAAAUUUUGAAAUGCAAGUCUGAAUGUCCGACCUUGAAUUUUUAUUUGCUUUUGUAUGCUUCAAUUAAUUUGUGGUUUGAUUGAUUUAUUAUUUUGUGAAUUUAUUCAGUAAAUUUUUCCUUGGAAGUUUAAUGUUUGGAAUGUGAAGUUGUAUGAAACUUGUAACUGUGUAAACUACCUGAUCUGCCACACAUUAAAUGCUUGCCAUGUUGACCUGUCUCAAAUAUAACUCGGCAUUUUGCCUUGUAUGCUAACCAUGGAUGGCCUAUGAACACUGGCAAGAUUUUUAUUGAACAAGCCUUGUCCAUUGCAAAGAAUUCUUGAAUAUUGGUUGCACAUGUUAGUAGUAUGACAGUUGUAAAUUAUUUAUUCUUAGAGUAAAAAUAUGUAAUUUGUAUUGUAGGUUUUACUAUCUAAAUGUAGGCUGUGAUAGGUACGCUGUAAUAUUGCUCUGAUCAUUUCAAAAAUGAUGAUAAUUUAUUGUUGAACGAUGGUGUAUUAUGAAGCAAGUUCUUGUAUUUAUGUUGUCAACGGUUAUCUUACAUUGUUAAUCAUGACAUUUUAUUAUUUUUCCAUUGCCAUUGUUACAGUAAGAUACAUAGUUUUUAAUAAUGUGAGCUGAAACCAGUCAGUCACAGUAAAUACAUACUCAUAUUUCUCUAAAAUUGAUUGUGUUUGAGAGCUUGAACGGGAGUGAGUGUAGCUGGUAAAAAAAAAAAAAAAGUGCAUUUAAUAGAAAUAAAAUGUAGUUUUUUUUACAAAAA